AUGAAAAACAAUCCCUGUUAUUUAUUAUCCGUCCGAGAAGUAUGUUCGGACGCUUGGCUUGCUUCAAUGUUUUUAUGUGCCUGUAUUAAUCGGUCUGUCGAAGUUAAUCUUAAGGCAUCAAUGUACCUUCAAUCAACUCUAACCACGUUUGAGAUUUACGCCACGCGGAACAAGAACAGUGGGAAAAAUGAGGGAUCCAGUGUUCCGACCCAUUGUGGAGCGAUAUGCAUGCACAACUUGAUGUUGUCUGUUCAGAUGGUGAUCUGUGCCAUUUCAGGUGUUCUCAAUGUGUUUUACAUAUUGAAUACUUCCUAG